ACUUAUACUCGUAAAGUGUAAACACUAAACAACUUCGUUAACCUAAUAUUUUCGGUGAUGUUAACGUGAAGCAAAUGUUUAUAAUGAGUAUAUUAAGUCGGAUUGAUGUAAUGAAGGUCUUCGUGUAUUUAUUAUACUUUUUGAUGUACUUGAACAAAAUAAAUUCUCUAAAUUUAGAGGAUAUAAAUAUUCCGCCAGAACAUUUUCCUUAUUUCUUUAAUACUUUUACGGAAGUAGCAAAAGUCUGUGCGGAUAAAUCCGAUUGCCGAUACAGAGAUUUAGUUGACAAGAAAGUUUGUUGGGGAUAUGAAACCAACUGCACUAAAAGUAAUUCGUAUCAUGUUAGACCUAGCUGUCCAGGAGAUCAUAGAGGUUGGGUAAAAACGAAAGAGGCGCAGUUUGAUACGUUUUAUACACAAGCUGAUUUUGGGUAUAUUAAAGAACAAAUUCAAGAAUUGAUGGUAAUUUGCGAAGCUACUUAUCCCCAUGAUAGUUCAUUAGAAUGUUCUAAAUAUCUAAGAUUCUGUAGAGGUCGAAACUUAAUGCUUAAUUUUCAUGGUUUGGUUGGUCGAGGUGACAAUCUAAGAUAUAAAAUGGAUAUCCUUGGUCCUGGUCAAAUAGGUGGUUAUUGCCAGCUAUAUUCUGAACGGUUAAUGAAGGAAGCAGAACACAUGAGUGCUUUGCAGUCAUGGGCUCCUGAGUUUGUAAAUUUUGUUAAAACGCCACAAAGACCAAUUCAAGAUGAAAUGUGUGAUAUAACAAUAGAUAAGCCAACAUAUAUUAUGAAACUAGAUGCAACUGUGAAUAUGUAUCAUCAUUUCUGCGACUUCUUCAAUUUGUAUGCAUCACUUCAUGUGAAUUCUACACACCCUUCAACAUUUACAAGGGACAACCACAUACUCAUUUGGGAAACAUUCACUUAUGAUUCAGCAUUCAAGGAUGCUUUUAAAGCAUUUACAGUUAAUCCUAUAUGGGAUUUAAAAAAGUUUAGAGGCAAAGUAGUUUGUUUUAAAAAUGUUGUAUUUCCUCUUCUACCACGCAUGAUAUUUGGACUUUACUAUAAUACACCUUUGAUAUAUGGAUGUGAAAGAAGUGGAUUAUUUCAUGCUUUUUCUAAACACAUACUUCAUUCUUUAAAUGUGAAGCUGUAUCCGAGGAUAAAUGACAAAGUAAGAAUUACAUUACUAUCAAGAGGAACAACAUAUCGCACAAUACUCAAUGAAAAUGAAAUUGUUAAUGCACUUUUGAAAGUAAAGGGCUAUCAUGUACAGAGAGUUGUGUACGAUAGAACUGUGCCCUUCACUGAGCAGCUGGAAAUAACGCACAACACUGAUGUUUUCAUAGGAAUGCAUGGAGCUGGUUUAACCCACUUAUUAUUUUUACCAGACUGGGCGGCUGUGUUUGAAGUUUAUAAUUGUGAAGAUCCAAACUGCUAUUCUGAUUUAUCUCGACUUCGGGGACUUAAGUAUGUCACGUGGGAAAAUAAAGCAAAAUUAGUUCAGCAGGAUCAGGGACACGGACCUGGUGGUGUGUCGCAUGCUAAAUUUACAAAUUAUUCGUUUGACGUUGAAGAGUUUUUACGGUUAGUGGAAGUUUGUGCGUCAUACGUCCGAAAUCGACAGGAUUUCACUAACUUCAUAGCAGGAUCAAUGAAAAAGUCGCGUGAAGAAUUGUAAUAUAAUUAUUUUUAAUUUUUCUCGAAUAUGUGAUAUUUACAUUUUUAUCAAGUGCCGUAGUUUAAGUAUAUUUUUUUGUAUCGUAAAACUUUACAACACAAAAAAUAACGUAAUAUUUGUAUUAAUACAUUAAAAUUUAUAUUUGCUAGGAUCAGCCAUCAUAUUUUGUGCCUACUUUGUCUGAUGAUAACCGGUGUUAAGGAACACAGAUAAUUUAAAUUGUGGAUCUUUUUAAAAACCACAUACGUUUUUAAUAGAUUAAGCUUCAGUAUAGUUACUUUAUGUAAGAAAAACGACCUGUGACAAAAGCAUUCCUAUAUAAUUUAUAUGCAUUUUCCACAUACAUUUUAACUAUUAAUUUAUAAGUAAUAAUAAAUUUAACUUGUAAUAUGUUUAAUUCCUAUCAUAUACUAAUUGAUUGUUGAAAUGAUAAAUCAAAUCAAUUUUUUUUAAUUUUUUAAGUAUAUAAUAUGUUUAUUAAAAAAAUGUAUCGUAAAACUGGUAUCGGAACGGAAGUCAUUAAAAAAUUCGUGGAAUUAAAUAAUUAAUUGAUUGUUUUAAUAUUUAUUAUAUGUAAUGUAUAAAUAUUUGAUGAUUUUUUUAUCGUUCUCUUUUUUUUCUGCGAACAAAGAUAAUCUUACUUUAAUAUUUAUAUUUUAAACAAUAUGUGUGAUUAUUUCAGUUCAUUUAUGGAAAAGUUGAUCUAAAAGCGGUAUUAUGGAAUUGAUCUCAAAAUACGUAAUAUUAAUUUCACGACUGUCAAAUAUGUUGUCGAUUUCUGUUUAAGCAUUUAUCCAGUGUUGCUCAUGUUUUACAAACGGUUCAAAUUUUUUAACUUUGCCGCUUUCAAGAGCUGAUUCUUCACUGUACGUAUAAUUAUCGAAACGAUUCUGUUUUACUAAAUUGCAAUAUUUCUUUUAUAAAAAUCUAUGGCACAGUACUUUUUGAGUGAUACACAAUCUAAAUAUACGUUUAUUUACAACAACAAUCGGAAUCUAUUAUAAUUUUUUUUCAGUAACAAUGUGACGAAAGAAAAUUUUUUUUUUGCUUGAGAUCUAAAUGCUUACGAAUAGUCAAUUUACAAGUUUUUAGCAUUAUUUAAAUAUAACUGUCUUAGGUAUUUAAAAUUAAAAAAAAAUAUUUCGCAAGGCUAAGCGUGUGAUUUACAGUUCAGCUUGUGAAGAAUCUUACUAACAAUAUAAAAUAUAUAUAAGAAUAAAGAAGAUUGUACU